ACAACAUACACACAAAUCCCACAUCACACCCAUCCUCCUGCCUCCCACAUUCGCGCUAUCCGCCAAGCCAACGCCACGCCGCGCCUCCGGUAUCCAAGUGACCACACCCGCCACCCAAACCGCGACGAGGAAAGCCCAACGCGCAACUUCCAAGCGACCAGACGCAACAAUACUGUGUCGAGCACACGCCUACCACCCCAACCUCCACUGAAAAUCGGCGAAAGGACUAGCCCAACAUGUCGCAAGCCUACGAGCGUGAACAGCAAAACAACUCUCGUCUGGACGAACUCGCGUCCAAAGUGUCUGCCCUCCGCGGCGUGACGAUAGAUAUUUAUGAUAAUGCGAGGGAUCAGGGUGUUAUUGAUAUCCGAUACUUUCUCAUCCUUCUCAACCACGCUCAAGGGCUCAGCAACACGAUUGACAAGAAUGGCGUCGUCGGGGAAUAAAGUUGCGAUAUUAAAACUUUCGGGAAUGAUAAUAGCGGGGGUUGCGGUGCUGUAUUGGAUGUGGCAUUUGAUUUUUUGAGGGGGGCUGGUUGUGUUUUUGCAGGAGACAUAGGCUGGCUGAGGAAAGAUGAGAAGGAGGAGGGGGAGGGCUUGAUAUGCAGGUUAUGGUCAAGAGAUGGAGGAGCAAGCACAUUUCAGAGGGGUUCUUUGGGGUAUCUCAUACGCCGGGUGCGUUGGGUGCGAUAAUUGAGGGCAGUCAAUAUUGUGGCAAAUCAUUUCCACGGGAAAAACAGAUGCAUGUAAUUUCCUCUUGCAUGUUCGGCGUUGGGGAAACGAGUCAAAGGGGUUGAGGCGUUUCUUGGUUUCGUAGUUGCAAUUCAGUUCAGCAGCGGUCUAUAAGAAUUAUAUCAUGUACAAUACACAAAACCCAAAUUUGGCAUCUUUCCAAUGCAUGGUCGGGUUGCAUUAGGAGUGCAACACGCUAUUAU